AGCGGACUUCUCCCAAGUAUCCAAAUGGACAGAAGCGCCACACGAUAACCUCUGUCAAGCCUGGAAAUAUGCUGUAGUCGUCGCCUGUGAGAAGCUAUUAGCCCCCCGGAAGAAAAGCUCCUGAAUCAUGGAACUGGAGGAGAGACAGAAAUUUGGCGAGCCGAGGAAGUAUGACCCGACCUUCAAGGGCCCGAUCCAGAACAGGGGCUGCACGGACAUUGUGUGCUGCAUCCUCUUCAUCCUCGCCAUACUGGGUUAUAUUGCAGUGGGAAUACUUGCCUGGUCCCAGGGUGACCCCAGGAAGGUGAUCUACCCCACAGACAGUCGAGGCCACUUCUGUGGGCAGGCCGGCACCCCACUUGAGAAGAAGCGGCUGUUGUUCUACUUCAACAUCAUGAAGUGUGCCAGCCCCAUGGUGCUGCUGGAGUUCCAGUGUCCGACCUCACAGAUGUGUGUGGAGAAGUGCCCUGACAAGUUCAUGACGCUGGUCAAAGCCUACUCCAACAAAAAUGACUUUGACUACUACAAGAACUUCUGCAAGGAGGGUGUGACUAAUACAAUGAGUAUACCACAAAUCCUGAAGUUGGGUCUGUGUCCUGCCAUGCUGAUCCCCAGCAAACCCUUCACCCGCAGGUGCUUCCCAGCUUUGGGCCUGAAAGGAGGGACGAUAACUGUGGGUAACGACACUCAUUUUGAAGAUGAAACUGGAAAAAUAAGAGAUGCCAAAGAUCUUGUGGAUGGAGUCAAGAAUGCCACUGUGGUUGUUGAAGCUCGCCAGACAGUUAUGAAAAUCUUUGAGGAUUACACGCAGUCCUGGUACUGGAUCCUCAUAGGCUUGGUUAUUGCUAUGCUAACCAGUCUGCUCUUCAUCGUCCUCCUGCGCUUCCUGGCAGGGAUCAUGGUCUGGGUGAUGAUUGUCAUGGUGAUAUUGGUCAUAGGAUAUGGUAUCUUCCACUGCUACAUGGAGUAUGCUGCCCUGAAGGGAACCGCGGGCUCUAAUGUGACUCUACAACAACUGGGCUUCCAGGCAGACUUUACAGUCUACCUGCAGAUUAGACAGACCUGGCUGGCCUUCAUGAUUAUCCUCGCCAUCGUGGAGGUCAUCAUCAUCCUCCUGCUCAUCUUCCUCAGAAAGAGGCUCCUCAUUGCUGUUGCUCUCAUCAAAGAAGCCAGCAGAGCUAUCGGACAUGUGAUGUGCUCCCUUUUCUACCCGCUGUUCACAUUUGUUCUCCUGGCCAUGGUCAUCGCCUACUGGGCAGUCACUGCUGUUUUCUUGUCUACCUCGAAUGAACCCAUCUACAAAGUCUUCAAUGAGUCGGUAUGCGAGUACUCAAGACAAACUUGUGAACCAGCAAACUACACGACCAGUUCUAUGAAAAAAGAGUGCCCUGACUCCGAGUGCCUUUUUGCCUUCUACGGUGGAGAGACCGUUUACCACAAAUACCUGAUCGGUCUGCAGUUCUACAACGUCUUCCUCUUCUUCUGGUGUGCCAACUUCGUCACAGCUCUAGGACAGAUGACAUUGGCUGGGGCCUUUGCCUCAUACUACUGGGCCUUUGUCAAACCAGAUGACAUGCCCGCCUUCCCAUUGUUCUCUGCCCUAGGGAGAUCUCUCAGGUAUCAUACAGGAACUUUGGCGUUUGGCUCCCUCAUCCUCUCAAUUGUUCAAAUCAUCAGGGUUCUCCUGGAGUAUCUAGACCACAAGCUGAAAGGAGCCCAAAAUAAGUUUGCCAAGUUCCUGUUGUGCUGUCUGAAGUGCUGCUUCUGGUGUCUAGAGAAAUUCAUCAAGUUCAUAAACAGAAAUGCCUACAUUAUGGUGGCAAUAUAUGGCAAAAACUUCUGCACAUCUGCUAGAGAUGCCUUCUUCCUACUCAUGAGGAACAUGGUCAGGGUGGCAGUCUUGGACAAAGUGACUGAUUUCCUGUUGUUUUUGGGAAAACUGCUCAUUGUUGGGCUUGUGGGUAUCUUUUCUUUCUUCUUCUUCUCUGGGAGAGUGAAGGCCUUUGAGAAUACAGCUCCCAAUCUCCACUACUACUGGGUGCCUAUCCUGACUGUGGUGGUUGGCUCCUACCUCAUCGCCCAUGGAUUCUUCAGUGUUUACUCCAUGUGUGUGGACACCCUGUUCCUCUGUUUCUGCGAAGACCUGGAGCGCAAUGACGGUUCAGUCGAAAGGCCUUUUUACAUGCCCUCAACUCUCCAUGAGAUUCUGUGGGAGAACAAGGCUGAGGAUCCAUCUUCAUCCUCUGCUCAGCAACAUGGCGAUGAAGACGUCCAGGCGAGGGAGCAGCAGACUCAGGAGGAGGAUGCAGCUUAGAGAGGAAGAGUUUUUUUUAACAAAGACUCUCACAUUGGUUACUUAAUUAAAGGCACAACAAAAUCCAUGCCAAGACUUUUUUUUUUAAAUAACUAAGUUUCUUAAUUUUAAAAAAGGACUGAGCUGAUACUUUGUUUUUGCCCAUUUGGGACAUUCUCCUUUUGCACUAAACUAUGUCACAUCCUGUCACAGAAGCAGAUGGUAGUUUCAACUACUGAACUCAAUGCCUGAAGGUGGCAGCAAAGCUCCUUUACUCACAACUGAGUGGUGCAUAAUAUUAUCUGUCUUUCAACAUGAGGAAACAUGGGAGAGCAUUUGUUUUCUUAAUUGAACUUGAAGCAUGUCUCAAAUAGUGAGCUCUGACUAAUGUGCACAGAAAUACCGUAUGUGGGUAAUUAGUUGCAUGAUUAAUGACGAGUUGAUGAUACUUCGAUAGUUUAGAAAGUUUCUCAGUUGUGCGUUUGCCUUUUUUUUAUCCUCCCUCUCCUCUCACUGCCACUGACCAAUAGAAACUUGAAGCCAUUCAUGUGCCUAAUUUACAGUGCUAAUGUUGGAUUGUAAGUUUUGACUUAAAAAAUGUAAGGGUACUUAAUUGUUUACAGUUUUAUGCAAUCAGAAACACACGGUGAUCAGAGCUACUUCUUUUAGUAUGCUGUACUUUGAAUGCACUUUAAUUUAUGUUCACACUAAGCCAUAACUGAUUAGUGUUUGUAUUAAUUAAAACUGGUGUUUCUUAAAAAACUAUACAGCAGUAUAGUUUUACAUUCAGUACCUCUUAACAAAAGAAUGUGUGUAGCUGCUUUAAUAAACAGUAUUUGAUAUCAUAGUGAGUCUCCACUGUAUAUAAUGAAGGAAUUUAAAGUAUUU